UCCUGCUGCCUUUUCACGCCCAACAACAUCUGCCCCUGGGUAGGGUCCUGGGCCCAGUUAGAGGCAGUGAACAUAAAUAUGUGUCGCAGCACGCUAACCUAGCCUUGCCUUGCCUAGCUCUCCGAAAGAAAGCUUGCGACAGAAGGGAGAGAAGCGGCUCCAAGUGCAGCUGAAGCACUCCUUGGGAGUCAGCCGAGACCCUCCGUCCAAGCAGGGCCCAAUCCUUGCACUUGGCCAUGAUAAGGAAAGGCUUCCAGGUGGUGGCAAGACUUGGCCACCACAGAGGCCUUCUUGGGGCCCCCCGUAUCCUGCCCGGACUGAACCCUGCCUCAGCAUUUGGAUCCUCCACAGACUCUCCGGUCUCAAGAUUAUGCUCAGAGAAGACAGACUUGAAGGAUUAUGCCCUUCCCAAUGCCAGCUGGUGUUCGGACAUGCUGAGUCUGUACCAAGAAUUUCUGGAGAAAACCAAGUCCAGUGGCUGGGUCAAGUUGCCCUCCUACAAGUCCAACAGAGACCACAUACGGGGAUUCAAGCUCCCGCCCGGACUGGAAGUUUCCUCGGGCAAAGAUGACUGGCGCAUCUUCACCAGGUGCAUCCAAGUGGAAGGACAAGGCUACGAGUAUGUCAUCUUUUUCCACCCACCCAAGAAGUCGGUCUGUCUUUUCCAGCCAGGCCCCUACCUGGAGGGCCCCCCAGGGUUUGCCCACGGUGGGUCCCUGGCAGCCAUGAUGGACGAGGCCUUUUCUAAAAUUGCCUACCUGGCUGGACAGGGGCUGCUCACACAAAGCCUCAACAUCAGGUUCAAAAACUUGAUCCCUGUGGGCUCUCUGGUUGUGAUGGACAUAGAAGUGGAAAAGAUCGAAGACCAGAAGCUUUACAUGUCCUGCAUCGCCCACAGCAGAGACCAGAAGACAGUCUAUGCCAAGUCCUCAGGUGUCUUCCUUCAGCUGCAGCUGGAAGAAGAAUCGUCGCCUCAGUAACAGUCACUGUGCCUGCAGGAAAACCUCUCACUGCUUCUCCUGCCUGCCCCGGACCCACCACAGAGCAGGGAGGGGUCCUCAAGAAGCAGUUAGUGAGGUGAGGGAAAGGGCUCUUUUCUCUGAGUUAAUAAAGUCCCACAGUCCCAUUCUA